AUUUCCAUGGCGCCUUUUGUCGCUUCACUUUUCUCUCUCUCUUUAACUGUGGAGCCAUCAUCCUAUUGAACUGAAGAUUUCACAUUGCAAUUUGUUCUCAUUUCGUCGUCUCUUUACAAUUUUCACUUCAGUACUUUCAAAAUUUUCCAUUUCCCUUUACUUAACAGCUUCAAAUUUGAAGAUUAUUCAUUAAAAUUAUAAUUGGCUCUAACAAAAUCAGUGGAGCAGCCAUUGUCAUCAUCUGCGAAUUGGGAUUUCGACCUUCCAUUUAAUUAAUGGCUCUGCCUCUCUCUCUCUCUCUCUCUCUCUCUCUCUGCUUUUCGUGUCGGACUUUUCUUGUGUUGGUCCCUCGAGGAUUGCGCUUUAAGCCUCCAACCUAUUAGUUGACCGCUUCCCCUUUAUCCUUCUCUCCAUUCUCUCUACCUUUCUGCAUUUCUCUUCUUGCCAUGGACUUCUCUGCGAUUAAGACAUGUAGAGCUACCCCUUCUUCUGUUGUAUCUCUUUGCUGGAAACCUAAUUCUAAGUGUACCCAUGUUAAGUUUCUCACUCAAAAGGCUCCUUUUCCGUUCUUCGACACUCUUAGAUGUGUUCAAACGCCUCAAUCCAGUACCCCAAGUCUCAACUCUCGAUUCUCAUGCUCUGCCGCCACCCUCUCUCCCUCUUCUAUUACCGAGCUCGUCUCUUUUAGGCUUCAGCGUUUGAUUGAUGAGUUCGAGUCCAUAUCCGAGCCGGUUGAUAGAGUGAAGCGGUUGUUAAGGUAUGCGAGUCUUCUUCCUCCUUUAGAUGCCACUGCGAGACUUGACUCGAAUCGAGUCAUGGGGUGUACGGCGCAGGUGUGGUUGGAGGUGCGGAUUGAUCAAGAGGGCAAGAUGAGGUUUGCUGCGGAUAGUGAUUCGGAGAUCUCUAGAGGGUUUUGUUCGUGUUUAGUUUCGGUGCUUGAUGGUGCGAUGCCUGAGGAUGUUUUGCGGUUAAAAACAGAAGAUUUGUCUGCUUUGAAUGUUGGAUUAACGGGUGGAGAACGAUCGAGAGUGAAUACUUGGUACAAUGUUUUGAUUAGUAUGCAAAAGAAAACGAAGGCUUUGAUUGCUGAGCUUGAAGGGAAAUCGCCAUUUGAGCCAUUUCCAUCUUUGGUUGUGACUGCUGAUGGAAUUCAUGCUAAAGGAAGCUAUGCCGAAGCUCAGGCAAGAUAUUUGUUUCCAAAUGAUUCUACGGUGAAAGAGCUUGUCAAAGUGCUGAAGGAGAAAAAGAUUGGCGUUGUUGCACAUUUUUACAUGGAUCCUGAAGUACAAGGGGUGCUAACUGCUGCCCAGAAGGAAUGGCCCCACAUUUAUAUAUCUGAUUCAUUGGUAAUGGCAGAUAUGGCUGUCAAGAUGGCUAAAGAUGGAUGUCAAUUUGUAACAGUACUUGGUGUAGAUUUCAUGUCAGAAAAUGUGCGUGCAAUUCUUGAUCAAGCUGGCUUUGGAGAGGUAGGUGUGUACAGAAUGUCAGAUGAACUAAUCAGUUGUUCUUUGGCCGAUGCUGCAGCUACUCCUUCCUAUAUGAAUUAUCUUGAAACGGCUUCAAAGGAUUAUCCCUCCUUGCAUGUUAUCUAUAUAAAUACAUCAUUAGAAACUAAAGCCUAUGCUCAUGAGCUUGUUCCAACAAUUACCUGUACUUCUUCAAAUGUAAUGCCAACAAUUUUGCAGGCUUUUGCUCAAGUACCAGAAUUAAAUGUUUGGUAUGGGCCGGAUUCCUACAUGGGUGCAAAUAUCGUAGAACUGUUGCAGCAGAUGACCAAGAUGACAGAUGAAGAAAUUGCAAAAAUUCAUCCAAAACAUAAUAGGGACUCAAUUAGAUCAUUGCUCCCUCGUCUGCACUAUUAUCAGGAAGGUACAUGCAUUGUACAUCAUCUUUUUGGGCAUGAAGUCGUGGAGAAGAUAAAUGAAAUGUACUGUGAUGCAUUUCUUACUGCUCACUUUGAAGUCCCCGGAGAAAUGUUUGCUUUAGCGAUGGAAGCAAAAAGAAGAGGAAUGGGAAUUGUAGGUUCCACCCAGAAUAUAUUAGAUUUCAUAAAACAAAGGGUGCAAGAAGCUUUAGACAGAAAUGUAAAUGAACAUUUACAAUUCGUGUUGGGAACGGAAUCUGGAAUGAUAACUUCAAUUGUGGCAGCCGUUCGUAAUCUAUUAAAUUCUGCAAAAUCCACUUCUGGUGGAGCAAAGAUCAAUGUGGAGAUUGUCUUUCCCGUGUCUUCAGAUUCAUUGACAAAAACGUCAUCAAGUUCAUCCCCAGGCCAAAAAUCGGUUGUACUUGGUGAGAUCAAUUUACCUGUAGUUCCUGGAGUUUCCAGUGGGGAGGGAUGUUCUCUUCACGGUGGCUGUGCAUCAUGUCCAUACAUGAAGAUGAAUUCUCUCAGCUCUCUCAUGAAAGUUUGUCACGAUCUACCCAAUAACAAAAGUGCAAUAUCAUCUUAUGAAGCCAAGAGAUUCAAACUACACACAGUAACUGGAAAAUCAGUUGCAGAUAUCGGUUGCGAACCAAUCUUGCACAUGAGAGAUUUCCAGGCUGCAAAACAGCUGUCAGAGAAACUCGUUCAUCAAAUAAUUAAUCGGCAUUAGCAAAUGGGAAUAGUUGUUUUAGCAAGUCAAUUUAUGCUUUACAUGAAGAGCAAACCAUGCCAAUUUGAUAAUUCUUCUCAUCCACAACCGUUGAGCCUGGAAAAUAUGCAGACUCCUCUUCCUUCCAAGGAUGAUUGUCUCUUAUGAGCUAAGUUUUUCCCUUCAUAGCAAAAUAGCUGUAGUAGUAUAGAAUAUAUUUAUGGCUUGAGUUUGUUUUCAAAUAUUUUUUACCAUUAUGAUAUUUGUGUUUAAAGUGGAAUGAAAUGAAAUCCACUGUAAAGCAAUAACAACCAUUUAUAUAUCACACCUCAUUUAAAAUGUUUAAUCA